CCUAAAGAAAACGAUCCUCUAAGCAAUUUUGUUACCUUGGUCGGUUGUUCUUGGGGAAGCUCAAGACGAAACAAUGGAUAUGCAGGAAGAUAUCGAGAGAUUUAUGUUCUUCGAACAUGCUCGUAAAGCAGCAGAAGCUACUUACAUCAAAAACCCUUUAGAUGCCGAUAACUUGUUGAGAUGGGGAGGGGCUUUAUUAGAACUGUCCCAGUUCCAGAACCCCGCAGCCUCAAAGCAAAUGCUUCUAGAUGCCAUAUCGAAGCUGGAAGAGGCCUUGUUAAUCGAUCCAAAGAAGCCCAGUGCGCUUUGGUUCAUCGGGAAUGCUCACACUUCAUACGGCUUUAUGAUUCCUGAUGAAAUCGUCGCUACGGAUCACUUUCAGAAAGCUUCUCACUACUUUGAACAAGCUCUCGACGAGGAACCGGAGAACGAACUCUACCGCAAAUCUUUGGAGAUGACUUCUAAGGCUCCAGAGCUGCAUAAAGCGGCACAUAGCCAUGGUUCAGGCCCACAAGCGCUAGGCGGUGUCGCUGGACCAUCAUCCACUGCCUCAACUUCCAAGACUGCGAAGAAAAAGAACAGUGAUCUCAAGUAUGAUUUGCUGGGAUGGGUCAUCUUAGCCGCUGGAAUUGCUACAUGGAUCAGUUUUGCUAAAUCUCAGAUGCCUCCUCCACCUAGGCAGUAACAUCCACACACACACCAAGAGUCUAAAGAUCAGACACUUUUUUUUCCUUCUAAUAAUCAUAUUUUCAAA